UACACUAAUAUCUUUGAUAUAAAUCUUUUGUUUGUUUUGCCGGUAGGCACGGAGUGUUUGAUUAGCAGGUGAGAAAGUUGAAGGAAUAUAGAGUCAUGUCAUUGAAGUCGAAAGUGGUUAUUAUUACAGGAGCUAGCUCCGGCAUUGGAGCUGGUGUUGCUAUUAGACUGGCAAAAUUGGGUUGCCGCCUCGUUCUUUGUGGUCGUAACGAGACUAAUUUGAAGAAAACAGCAACGCAGUGUACCGAAGCUGGUCUGCCUCAAGACGAGGUGUUAUGUGUGGUGGGAGAUGUGACCAGUGUGGAUGACUGUAAGCGCAUAAUAGAUGAAACUAUUGGCCACUUUGGACAGUUGGAUGUACUGGUGAAUAAUGCUGGACAGUUAACCCCAGGAUCAAUAUACAACAUGACUUUAGAGCAGUAUGAUAACACCAUGAAUGUGAAUGUACGAUCAGUUAUCGUGCUUACUCAGCUAGCAGUUCCUCAUCUUGAGAAAACAAAAGGCACUAUCAUCAAUGUUUCCAGCAUAGCUGGUAUCAGAUCUUUUCCAGGUAUCUUGGCAUAUGCAAUGUCCAAAGCAGCUUUGGACCAGUUUACACAUUGCCUUGCACUAGAGCUUGCUGAUCGUGGAAUCAGAGUGAACGCUGUGAACCCAGGUGUUAUUGUUACUGAGGUGCACAAACGUGGUGGCAUGUCUGAUGCAGAUUAUGAAAAGUUCCUUGAGAAGUGUAAGACAACGCAUGCUCUGGGGAGACCUGGGAAUGUCGAGGAAGUUGCUGGUACUAUCGCUUUCCUGGCUUCAGAUGAUGCGUCUUUCAUCACUGGUGUCACCCUUCCAGUUGAUGGAGGAAGAGGAUGCAUGUGCCCUCGAUAAAUAUGGUACACCAUAAACUUACUCAGAAAAUAGUUCUCUGAACUAUUGUAAUUUCUAACAAUAUAUUUUUGUAGACUGAUGUGAUAUAUUUUUCAAAAUAUGAGAAAUUCCUUGUUAUGAAAGUAUUUGUAAUCAGUAUUUUUUUUAAAACAUUGUUUAUUGUGUUGAGGAAAACUGCUUCCUGUGAUACGAUAUA